UGAACGUCGUCGCGGGUGUAGACGCAACGAGUCUGUCAGUCGCUAUCGUGACAGUAGGUCGAGCGUGUGUUGCGCGUCUCGUGCCGUGAAUCGUGUUCUCGUGAUGUCCAGGUGGUGGAUGGUGGUGCUCCUGGCGGCGGGGGCGGCGGCAGCCGGCGGGCGGCUGCCGCGCACCUCGCUGCCCGCGUCGACUGCCGCGCCCGGCACUUCGGCCUCGCCGAAGUUGCCCUCCAGAAACAUUACACUCUCUUCCCGGAACUCUGUCCGAAAUAGGGAGCAGUAUAUUUUCAAUGUAUUUGAAGUAAUUGUAAGCACAUUGGAGACAAAAUUACAGAGAAUUGAAAACUUAGACAAGGCUGUAGAGCAUCUUAUGAGAAGAGUUGAAGCUCUCGAUUCGAGGGUAAAUGACAACAUUCAUAAAACCGACGCCAUAAUUUCGAAACUUGGAAAUCUUGACCUUAAACUAUUUAGUCAUAUCCCUGAAGGUGACGAAAAGAGCUUUACUGAAACUAGCACUAAAAGACAAGUGGUUAAUCGAAUAAGUGAUGCUCAACUGCUAGACCGGAAACUAGAAUCACUGGAUCAAAAAGUUUCGGACAUUGAUUCAAAAUUAGUUGGCCUUAAGAACCAGAUAGAUAACAACUUCCUGCCCGUUGACGAUAUCAAUGCAGAAGCGAGUGAAAAAAAACCCAUAAGCCUCAAUGUUAUAGAAAUUGCUAAAGGACUGAAUACCGAGGUUAUUAAUGAAAUUACAAAAGAAGUAGACCAGCUUAGAACAUCAAUGUCGACUGUCGAUCGUAAAUUACAAUUUCAUAUUAACCUCGUAUCUGAAAAUUUAGGUAAGGUUUUGUACAUGAUGGCCGACGUGCAUGCCGCCAUAGUGGAACCCGAAACUGCAUCUAUCAACGUAAACAGUCUUUUUAAAAAUCGGACCACUACCAGCACGCCAGCUCCGGCACCAAAAGGCAGUAAAAUCGAUACCCUCGUUAACAAAAUUAUUCCCAUGAUGAGUGUAUCCGAAAAAAUGGACGAAGUAUGGGAUGUAGUAGUUGGAACCAAAAGUUCAGUCGAUGACUUGGUUCCGAAGUCGGAUGAACUACUGACACAAACUCAACGGCAGGAAAGGGCUAUCGGUCAGAUUCACAACGAUUUACGAUUAAAAACCAAUCUUAUAAUAGAAAACUUGGACAUGGUUGAGAAAAGGUUAAAAAAACAAGAAGAUGAUGUAGCGACGUUGGCUCAAAGACCGGUGCCCGCAGAACUGCUGCUGGACCCGACCAUCGACCGGCUCGUGGAAUACGCGCCCACCAGAUUCCGCGCCGACGACCCCGCCACCGAGCCCAGCACCAGCACUGUUGCCGCCACCACUAUGCUCACCUCAACUGUUGUCAACAGCCCGAGCACUCCAAGCAGCUCGAGCACCGCGCCGGCACCGCCGGGUGCGGGAGUAGCCGCGGCCGCGGGCGCGGCUGCCGGCGCGCGCCCCGCCAGCCGCAAGGGUGGCAUUAUCUUCCCGAGCGUCAAGAACAAGCCCAUCAUCGGCAAUAACACCUUCGCCUCGGAGAUCGUCGCCAACUAUAAAGACGUGAAAGGCUAUUCUUGUGUGGACCUCUUGAAUGCAGGUAUGCGGGAGUCAGGAGUAUACUACUUACAAAUCAGGGGCACAACUUACUGGUUCCUCAAAGUUUACUGUGAACAGAACGUCGCUGAUGGUGGCUGGACUGUUAUUCACCGGCGUGACGACUACGGAGCACUGGCCGAGAACUUCAACAGGGACUGGAGCGACUACAAAAACGGGUUCGGCGAGCCGAACAAGGAGUUCUGGCUCGGCAACGAGAACAUCUACAUGCUCACCAACAACGACGACUACAUGCUCCGCGUCGAGCUGGAGGACUUCGAUGGAAACAAAAGAUAUGCUCAAUAUUCGCACUUCAAGAUAUAUUCCGAAGCAGAGUACUACAAACUUGAAAUCGAUGGUUAUGAAGGAAAUGCCGGAGAUUCUCUUAACGAUCCUUGGUAUGGAUCCAACAACAGUCCCUUCUCUACAUACAACAGGGACAACGACAGGUCGUCGCUGAACUGCGCGUCGAUGCUGAAGGGAGGCUGGUGGUGGAAGUCCUGCGGCCGGGGACUCAACGGGCUUUACCUACACGACCCGCAGGACCUCACCGCCCGGCAAGGGAUCGUGUGGUUCCGCUGGCGAGGCUGGGACUACACGCUGAAGCGCGCAUCCAUGAUGAUCAAGCCGCGGCCGCUGCAGCCCAACACAUGAAGCUACUCCGCGCACUCUGUUUAACACUUCCUUUCAAUCGCCAACUUUAUUCAUCGUAACAGUUUCGGCAACCGAAACUAUAUCGUAAAAUUUAGUUGACGAUUGAAUAAAUUCAAACGAGUGUAUACCUAUGUUCGUGUUGCCUAUUAAUACUAAGAUUUAAAAGAUACUAAAAUUGCCAAUUUAUGGUACUGUAGAUAUCAAGCCCUAGUAUGGGCUUUGAGAUGUAAUUCGCAUUCGUGUCACUCAAUACCAGCUUUGCGUUUGUAAAGCAAUCAUCAAAAUCAUUUGGAAUCUAUCAUUCAUUGUCAAUGGAUCAAGUAAUGUAUCGGUCUGUGAUAUAAAAUAAGAAUACAUUUUCCAACAAAAAUAAAUUACAGUCUCUUGGUUGUUUGUUCGGUGGGACCCCACCGACGUAUAUAUAGGUUUUUUUAUCAAACGUGCCUACGUUGUCAUCGAUGGCAUAGGACCUAGAGGCAACUCAUCGCUCAAUAAACUAUUUUUCCUUUUUUUCUGUACAUAAUUUCUUCUCUCUCAAUCAUCUGUUCAUCUUUUCAUCGCCAUUCAAUAAUGUGUAAGUCAUAUAUUUCGACGUUGAAAAAUAGUAUAUACUUAGAGCUAUCGAUAGCACAUAAUAUAUUUGCUUUAGCCCAUGUUUCGGUUAGGUAUAUGAAAGCAUCUAAAAUGUGUCGGGUUUUGUUUAGAGCGACCAGCGACUACGGUACCGACGUCGUUUUCUCAUACAAUAGAAUCUCGAUUAUUCGAACUAUUACUCCGGUAUUUUAUAUUUAACGUAAAUAUGUAGAUACGUAUUAAUUUUUUCAUUACAUACAUGGAAAACCAACAGUUUUAAACAUUUCUACAAACUACAUUAGAAUUACUGAGCCAAUUACAGGUUCUCACUUAAAAAACUUGAAUAUGUACUUAUCAUGUAAAGAUGAAAUAUAACUCAAUUCAUUAUAUAUUAUUCCGAUAAUCGAGGUUCUACUCUAUUUAAAAUAGUGCUCUCUACCGAUUUUGAUAUUAACUAAGCUUGUCCAAUUUUUAGAUACACGUUGUUAACGUGUUUCGUUUCAGUAAAUUAAAUGAAUAUCGAAGUUAAGUCACGUUAGGUACCUAAGUAUAAAUUAUUCCACUACAUAUGCCAUUCGGAGCUCUCGGUCUUAUGUUAAUUCUAUAAGGUGUUUCGGCAUAAAACGCUAUUUUCCUCGUCGUUUUGACUAUUUUCCUUGUGUAAAUAACAGAUAUUCUAUCUAACUAUUAUUGUCAACGUGCCACAUUACGCUCUACAUUCAUUAAUUUAUUGUUCAUUUAAUUUGAUACAUACAAUGUUUCCUUGCAUACAUCAUAAUUAGGUUUUUAAUUUAGAUAUAAGAUGAAAUUAUAAUUAAGAUGUAAAUAAAUAUUGUAUACAAUAAUUGAAGCCACAUAUUAAUACAAGGAACUGUUCUUACUUCCUGUUUGUGUAAAAGUUGCCGUGUAUAAAAAUAAAAGGAAUUAUUUGUAAAA